AUGUUGCUUCGAGCUGAGAAUCCCCUCAAUCUUGGACAUGCCAUUUUGGCGGAAGGAAACCACCCAGUGCUUCAUCGGCUGAGCCGUGAGGUGAUUGAAGAAGACACCGAACUUCACACAAGCUCGGCCUGGAUCGCUAGCUCAUCCCAACCGUGCCAGCAACACCGUCUGGGCCCCAGCCUCCUCGCUCGAGUCAACUUGCUCGCCACAAAAGAAAAACGGCAUCGAACCCCAUCAAAAACGACCAGCAUCCCGAGCCGACUCUUGACCUCGAGUGCUGCAGCCUGGCUCGUCGGCCCUCUCCCAGCGUUCGCGACAGCGACAAUGGGCCAUCCAAAUCCCACCGCGCACUCCACCUCCUCGGCAGGUUUUGUCUUGAUUGACUCUUGCAUCCAAAACUAA